AUGAGUAUCGCAGGCGGUGGAAAAUGGUGGAGAGAGGCAGAGCAGCUGGUGGUUAAGCCUUUCAGGCUAGCAACAACAACACUCCUCAGCCUCCUCCUUCCUCUCUCUUUCCUUCUCCUUAGCCGUCUCUCUUCUGCUUCCUUCCUCUUCUCCUUGCUCAAAUCUCCUCCGCAAACGGAUUCAUCAUUCCUUUUCUCUAUCUUUCAUUACACUAAUCCAGCCAUCUUAUACGCGGUCGUCUCGUUGAUAAGCAUUUACACUCUAGUUCUUGGUCUAACCACCAAGAUCACAGCUACAGAUCCCAACCGUUCGAUUCCUUUUUAUCCACGUGUCAGCAUGGCGUGGCUCACGCUUUUUCUUGUUCAGGUCUCUGUUUGUCUAGGCCUCCAAGUAACGACUCCUGACGGUUUAAUCAGCGGAAGCGAAAGUAAUUUCUUGAGCAAGCUAGUGUUUUUCUUUGGUCUUCAUGAGGUGAUGCUUCUAUGGUGUAGGGUGAUCGUUAGACCGGUGGUGGACAGCACGUUGACCGGAGGAGACGCUGGUCACUACCGAAGAGAAGAGACGGUGGUGGAGAGAGUGGCUUUAGCCGUCAACUGUGGAACGUUGUGGUGGUGGAAGCUUCGGGAUGAAGUAGAGGCUUUGGUUGGUGUGGCAGAGGCUAAAAGAGCAUUGUUGUUGUUAUUACCAAUAGAUGGUAACGUCGACGUUGGUUUGGGUGUAGGAACGGUUGAUUUUGUGAACUGGUGGUUAUACUAUAUGGUUGUGACGAUUGGUAUGGUUAGGAUCGUUAAAGGCUGUUUAGGUUUUGGAAUGGUCUUGCUUUUCGAACAAGUUAGUACUGUUGCUCCUGUUUCUACAGCUUCAUCUGUACAUUAUGACGAUGAAGGUGACUCCAAAGUGUAA